AUGCUGAUUCCCUGCCUGUGGACAACUCUCCCGUGGAUUGUCCUAGGCCAGACGUACUACAUGAGCUUUGUUUUCAACAACUACGGCCCCUCAAGAGUGAGUGCACCACAACUUGGGCUUAACGGCUCACAAAACGAGGAAUUGGGGGGAGGAAACCCAAAGGUCAGCUCGCCAGAGCAUUCAAGUGAGGAAGAAACUCUUGAGGUCAGUUCGUUGGAGCAUUCAAUGGAGUCCAAACAGAGCUCGGUCAGUAAAAAGCACAAGGAAAAGGAAACUCUUGAGCUGAGUUCGGUUGACCAUUCGCGUGAGACUCAUUUUAACUUAAAGCCCGGUGUAGAAAGUAUGGACUCGAGUGAUUCCGAUGAUACGUGGAUGUGGUCAACAACUUCAAGGAAACGGCCUACAACUUCAACGAGUAAAAAGAUGAAAACAAAGACUACGACAAAUGAAACUCCCGAAACACCAACUGAAAUCACCACAGACUCUACAAUGGUGACUGCAGUGGAGAAAGGGAAAACUGAAGACUUGUCCGCAAAACCCCCAGAAGAACUUUACACAGAUCAGCCCGAAGAAAUCGCGGGAAUCACUGAGGCGCCUUCAACAGAUCAACCGGAGAUUGAAACAUUUACCGAUACCUUCACCAAAUUAGAGAUGAAUUUAACAAACAUAUCCGCAAUGACUUGGGAAGCGGUAACACCCCAUCCCGCCGAAUUCUUCGAUUAUCCACAGGCCGAGUGUCAAGAGGACAUGGAUCUGCACGAGGUGUUUGGGAUAAGUCUCGAGCGAGAUCGGGGACUGCCCACCAAGAUAUUGUGUAACUUCAAAAACAGCUGGGGUGGACCUUGGCUGCUGAUGACGCGCAUUGAGCUGCCCGUUCGCAUACAUCUGCGCCACUGGUACUUUGGCUAUGUGACGCCGGACUACAAGGACAUUAAUAUCAACUUCCUAGCCCUGGCCCACAUCAUGAACUCCAUGCGUACUGCUAUGCUGAUCAUCGGCCAGGACAGCGACAACAAGUUGGUCUACAAUCUGUACGACGAUGUGGUCAUCUCGGCCUUCAACGAUCUGUUCAUGAUGCGCAAGGCCGAGCUGGUGGAGGCCAACACCACGGAACUGCUGUUCGUGUCCGUGGGCAAGGUGAUGAGUUCGUAUGCAGGACGCAAUAGAUCGUGUCCCUUGCAGGUGCUCGGCAGCUGGUGGGGUCGCCAUUCGGUUCAAGAAAUGUAUGAAGGAUUUUUUUGUGUCUUUCCCACGGACCGUGACAUCUCCAGACCUGGCUAUGUGGCAAUUUUUAUCAAGCCCAGCUUAUUUCUGGCAAACCACACAGCGUUUUACAACAGACCCAUCUCCACCCGACGGCCCUGGACAUCCAACUUCAGUGCUAGGUUACUAAAUGGAACUAUAAAAAAAUCGGCGCAGUAUAAAAAAGACAAACUAACAGAGUGGGAACGAAACAAGAUGGCUGUAAACAAGGAGCUUUCCCGCCGCGCAAGGAUCUUCGAGGCCAUCGAUAGACUGCGGUGGCAAGAGGCCAAGCGUCACAGGGGAUUGAGGUAGCAGGUCGAGGGGGUCUAGUUUAAGGGUCACCAACUCGGGAUGGGUCUUCUCCAUUACUCAACAGAGAGAGAAUAACUUAAGUUUAGCUGCGUUUUAAGUACUAAAUCACUCAUAUGUUUAAGCUAAUAAAUACGGUUUGAAGAUGUGUUCUAGUUUUGUUUUACUCAACGAUAAUAUUUAGUGAAAAUGAAAACUAAAAACCUUAUUUCUUCUAGAGGUACAUUACCCAAAUACUUAUCAUAAUAAGUUAGCUUGAAUAGAAAGUUUGAGGAGAAUUUAAAAUAGUUUCGA